CUCAAAAUCUUCUCGAGUGGCGGCUAUGAUCUCCGUCCGCUCCCUUGCUCCGUGGAUGAAAACCGCUCGUGGCAUUAGCGGGAACGCAGCUCUGACCGAGUCGUCCUCGUGGUUGCCGCCGCUGGUUCCUCCCACCGCCCCUUCUGGAGCCGUCGCAUCGCCCAAUUCUGGGGCUCCGACCAUUCGAGUCACGGUACCGCGUCCUGCAACAACAGUUGCAACACGACCGACAGCCCCGCCGUCUGCGCCGCUGGCUGGGACACGAGGUGCUCGCGAUGUGGGAGUUGGUCGUUCCACGCCAGCCAAGGAGCCCCCGCCUCUGAGGGAUGGUGUGGGCUCUGCAGCAUUUGACAAGGAGAGCACACGUGCAUUUAUUGAGAGUCGCAGGUGGGGGGGGAGUGCCGGCAGUUCAGCGCCCGCGCUCGCCCCUGUUUUCAGGAGUGCUAGACAGUCAGAUGCCGCACGGGGUGGUACUGCGGUGGCACCUGGCGCAUCACCCCGCAGUUCGUCGGAGCACCCCUGGCUGCCACCGCCACCGUCGAGAGCGGCGCAGCGUCCAGUGGUCCACCACGCUCAUGGAACCGUCCAUCCGGAUCAGUCAUACGCACCUGUAGAUGCUCGACAUUCUGCUUCCGUGCCUCGUUUCGGGGAACAGGUGGAUCAUGGGGUGCCUGCCGAGGAGGUCCCCGCUCCGGUGUUCGAUUCAUCGCCGACCCCUGUUCCGACAACCACGGGCGGUGGUCGGUCUGCCCCACAGCCUCCACCCGUGUUGACCGGAACGUUAGACCCUUUACAGCACAUUCGUGACCUUGCAGUCGCCCAAAGCGCGACACCUGUGAGCCCUGGCGGGUUGUUGGAUGCUGGGGUUCUCGGCGGGAGAGCUACGACGGGACAAUGUCGGGGCACUUACAGGCAGCAAGCCGUCACGUCAUAUUAUUCGGACCCUUUGGAGCACGCAUGGCAUCUGCAAAUCAUGCGGUUCAUCGUCGAGAGCGGGAUGCCGUUCAACAGCACGAAGCUUGAAAGCUUCAAACGCAUGUUCACGAUGAUAAUCCCGCCGGGGGUUCCAGGGGCGCCCGCGCCUAGACUUCCCUCGUACCACAUGUUGCGCACGACCCUUUUGGACGAGCUGGAUGGUGAGGUCCAGAACUGUGUUCGGCCGGUGCUUGACACGUCAAGAGAGACCGGUUGCACAAUCAAGACCGAUGGUUGGACCAACAUCCGUGGUCAGACGUUGUGCAACUACCUUGUUGGUACAAAGAUCGGGGUGGUGUAUGCGUCCACCGACGUCAUGCGUGGCAAAAAGGACAUCAGCAAGAUUCUGCGACGUUACAAGGAAAUGAUUGCAUUUUGUUUAUCCGCAUGUCGUGACAUUGAUCGGGAGCAGCAGGACGCUAUUGUGGAGGUGUUCCACAGGCGGCGCACCAUGUUCAAGACCCCCGCCCACACGGCAGCCAUGCUGCUAGAUCCAGAGUUCCGGGACGCGGCGCUUUGUGACGAUGCGGAGGUGCAGCAGGCCUUGGUCGAGGCCCUUGUCCAGUUCGGCUACCCGGAGGAUUCGCCGCAGCACCGGGAGUUCCAACGAGCGGUCGCCAAGCUCCACACGAGGGAGCCCCCUUUCGAUGAGCUCACCAUGCGGCGAGCUGCGGAUAUCUUUGAUCACCCUGCCAGUUUUUGGUCCUCAAAGAAGGCGAAGUUCCCUCACACGGCCGCCGUGGAGGACGAGGCAGCCGUGGACCAGCAGCUCGUCAGAGGCACCGGUGUUCUGGCAAAGGUGACCGAGGAGGAGUUGAGCCUCGCCAGAGAGAGGAUGCUCGCCAUUUCCCGCAUGGGAGCCAAGCGUCGGGUGGCGGAGUCGGACAGGAGGCGACCCAGGGCUGGUGGUCGGGGACGUGGCGGCCGUGGACGAGCAGGUGUCGGAGGACGUACACGUGGCGAUGCGGGUUCCGCUCCUCGGACUCGGCGACAGCGGACGGAUGGUGGCAUUCGCAGGGCCCGCAUGCGUUGGGACGAGGGUGACUUCUUGUUCGACAGCACAUCCAGCGACGACGACGAUUUCUUUGCGUCGGGAACACAUGCAUCCAUGGGUGAUGAUAGAGGUGACGCUGACGACAGAGGCGAUGACAGAGGCGACGGUGAUCCUGCUAGACGAGAUGACGCGCGUCGUGACAGAGGGUUCGACGAGUUCAGCGGCGACACGGUACUGCAUCCUAGAGAGUCCGGCACUCCCGCCAUUUUUCAUGUCGGUGCACCGUGGGCGGUGGAGCAGGGGUUGGCGGAGGAGGUAGCACGGAACCGUCGUGGUGGACCGCACGUCGCAACUCAACGUAGUCUGGAAGGUUCACUAGAGGCAGCGUCUGGAGAUUUUUUGGCGCAGGGGGGUCAUGGUUCGCAGUUGUUAUCGGACGGCGUGUCAUCAGUCCAUCCACCAGAGGAGGGCCCGCAGCAAGAGCCACAUCGAGGCCCAGCGGAGACUUUAGAGGCGAGACCUCCCGUAGUUAUCCGCUCGGACGGAGGCGAGGGCGUGAGCGAGGAUACAGCGCAGCCAGGGAGCGCAGAUGGUGGACGGUCCUUCAGGGGGGGCAUCGAGCGCAGAGGGUCAUCGACCGCACACCCCAGCAUUGUCAGGCCCAGCACACAUGACGUUGGAGACGGGCACACAGAUGAGCCUCGACCGCAUUUGACGGGGAUGCGUGACAUUAUGUGUCCACCACCCUCACGCCCCUCUGCCGCUGAUCCUGCCGCCCACGGGCAGGCCACGUCGAGCGCAUUGCCUACGAGGUCUUUCUACGACGGUGCGGGCAUGGACCGGAGGGCGGGCGAUAUCGGACAGACAUCAGCAUAUGGACCGGCAAAUGUGCCCGCGGGGGUGCGAUCGAUCGGCAACGUCGAUGGCACUUGUCAUGAUUCCACGAGAGCUUACGAGGAGCAGCAUGGGAGGCCUAUACGGGCCAAGACGAGCGAUGUCAAUGACACCAGGACGGCAACUGCGAGGCUGUCACGGGCGAGGAAGAAGGGAACAGGUGUGUCGAUUCCGUAUCACCGGCGCCGCCUGCAUCCUUUUUUCUGCAACAGGGACGAGACCGGACAGAUGCCAGCUGCCGCAGAUGGACAGGGGGGGGCGGAGGGAGGUGACAGAGUUGACGAAGCAGGUCGAGGUGAGAAGAGACGAGGCGACACGAUCAUCCUCCAUGACGACAACUCCACAGCCACUGAGGGCGGUGAGACCACAGGCGCCGACGAUCCUGAUGACUCCGAUUACGUCCCAAGGAUCCGUACAGCAGACGGAGAUGACGGCGGAGGUCGUCUCGUGAGGAUGAGGACUGGACCUGGCCCCGACCGAGAUACCUACCUGUAUGGAAAAUUCACGAGGUACAUAUCUAGCUUUGACACGCUCAUCGACAGUCCGUCCAGUGACGCCUUUCAUUGCCCCUUGUUCGCCGGUGUGAAAGGUCGAGUUGCGGCGAAGGCGAAGCGCAACCAUCGAGCACCCCAUCGGGAGGGCGCCCCGGAGACGGAGAUGGGAUCGAAAGAUGUUGUGGUCGGACGUGCCGCGUUUGCUGCAGCUGCAAGCGCUCAUGCUGGCCGCUCAUGCUGGGUCCCUCUGCUGGUGCAUGCCUUUCCUGCGAUGGUCCGGCGCCGAAAAGGCGCCACACCAGCGAAUGGUCCGGCGUCGUCAAGGCGCCAGACUAUUGGACGGUCCGGCGUCGUCAAGGCGCCAGACCAUUGGAUGGUCCGGCGUCGUCAAGGCGCCAGACCAUUGGAUGGUCCGACGUCGUUAAGGCUCCAGGCCAUCCAGGCGUCCGGCAUACCAGCAGCUCGACGCUGCUGUUCUCGCUGUUGCUGUGACAUCGAACUGAGCGUUGAUGUUGUUGUGGUUCGAGAUGCUAUGGUUGCCGAUGUUGUGGUCGGAGGUACUGCGUUUGCUGCAGCUGCAGCCGCUCAUGCUGGGUCCCUCUGCGUUUGCUGCAGCUGUGCCCCUGCCUUUCCUCUGAUCGUCCGGCGUCGUCAAGGCGCCAGACCAUCGAAUGGUCCUGCGUCGUCAAGGCGCCAGACCAUCGGGUGGUCCGGCGUCGCCGAGGCGCCAGACCAUUGGAUGGUCUGGGUUCGAGAUGCAGUGGUUGUCGACGUUAUGGUCGGAGGUGCUGCGUUAGCUGCAGCUUCAGCCGCUCAUGCAGGGUCCCUCUGCCUGCAGCCGCUCAUGCUGGGUCCCUCUGCUGGUGCAGCUGCUGUGCCCCUGCCUUUCCUCCGAUGGUCCGGCGUCGUCAAGGCGCCAGACGGUCGGAUGGUCCGGCAUCGUCAAGGCGCCGGACCAUCGAGGCGUCCGGCAUACCAGCAACUCAACGUUGUUGUUAUCGCUGUUGAUGUGGAGUCCAAAUGUGGUCGUCAAGGCGCCGGACCAUACAGGCUUUCGGCACAGCAGUUGUUGCCGCUCUUGUGUCGCACUGUUGUUGUGGCAUGUGAGCAAGGGUUCGUGUCCCGCUACACAUGUUGUGGCCGCAGUUGCUGGCGCAUCUGCCCCAAUGUCCAUCAGUCUUGCUGUGGUUCCUCUGAUGCUGGGUCCCUACCUUUGCUGGCCCUCCCGAUGGUGCGGCGUCGUCAAGGCGCCAGACCACCGGAUGGUCCGGCGUCGUCGAGGCGCCAGACCAUCGGAUGGUAUGCCGUCGUCGAGGCGCAAGACCAUCAGAUGGUCCGGCGUCGUCUCGGCGCCAGACCAUCUGCGUGCUCCUCAGGGGUCUCUACGCCGAAGGUUGUCGGAAGGGCGGUCACGUUCCAAGAGAAGUAUUGGGCAAUCGAUUGGCACCUCGGUAUGAAAGUCCCCUGUUGUGGGCCAGUUGUUUUUUUGCGGGAUGAGAGUGGUGGUUACUACCCGUGCGAGGGUAUCAAGACUUACUCGUUUGAUAAGAACAUGCCUGACGAGGAGUACAUGAGAUUCCAUCUCACGACGUGUUUCGACAUCGACGGUCAGGAGGUGCCUGACAACUACAAACUCGUGUCUCUCCACGUCGAGAAGUUCCAAGGUUACGGCACCCGCGCUGCAUCAAUGUCUCCGUUCGACAAGUCCAAGAAGAAGGAUGCGUCGCAGAUGGUGAUGCUCAGGCCGUUCGAGUUCCUCAAACGCGUUAAUUGCUAUAAGGUGUCGAACCAUAUCGCGAUGGGCCAAGCCGUUUUGCGAACUGCCGUCUUUGUGAGCUCGCCAAAGACGGUGGGCAAAAGUUGUGGGGAGCCGAAAACAUCCGCCCGUAUAAGCAAAAGUGGGGCCGCAUCGACACAGGCAAAAAGCGUGAGCAAAUCAGCUUCUCUGCUCCGACCGAAGGGUGUGUCUCCGACGCAGGCACCAUCACAUGCAGAAUAUGCGGCACGUGUUUCUUUGACUCCGCCUGGUGGGGUCACUGACCAUGAGGAUGACGACGAAAACUCAGAGGAGGACUCGCGCUUCUUCAACUCAGACGGUGGGCGGUGGCCCGAUGGCAAUGAUGCGAAAGACACGGAAGGGGACGAAGACGAACCGCGGUUCCGCGACGGUGCACACGAUGAAGAGGGACGCUUGGAGGAUGGCUUCGCCGAAGGCGAUGGUAGUGAAGGCCAAGAGGAUGGUGGUCACGAAGGCGAUGGGAGUGAAGAAGAAGAAAAUGAGGAAGCAAGUGACGAGGACGCCGCAGAACGGGAAGACAGCUACGAAGGGGGGAGCGAAGGAGAUGAGGGUGGGGCGGACGACGACGACGGCGGGAAUACAGGGUCGCAGAAAAGGCGGGAACAGUCUUCCCGUGCCACAAGUCAUGACGGUGCAAGAGAAGAUGACGAUGUGUUGCAUGGUACACAGAGGUCUGUGUGCAUGCGCAAGAGGAAAAUGAGAUGUGGGAGAGCAGAGGAAGAGAAGCAGAGACAAGCUAAACUCAUCAGCCUACAGGCCUCGACGGAGGAUUACAAGAGAUUCUUAGAGGCUCAAUCCGCUAAACCAGCAAAGGAAAAGCGUGAACGAACUCCAUCUUCGCAGAGACCGAAGAAAAAAGCAAAGGCUGAGGAGACAAAGGAAGUGGCGGACUCUGGGGAUGAAGCGGCGGGGGUCGACCCAAGACAUACAACGUCAAAGCCUGGAGAGUUUACCAACGAUACUAUCGACACCACGAGAUGCUUUUUCCUGGAAUAUGAUGAGAACGGCAAUGCGAUAGAUCCGUCUACCCAAGUGUUCGUUGAUGUAGUCAAAAUAUUGUCCAACCCUUCGGAAGGCGUGCAAUACAACCACAGGUCGUUGAACGAGAUGUUGGUCACCUCCAUCAGGGACGCAAUGAAACACCCGGAAAAGCAGAAGGAGUGGGACAGAAACACGUGGAUUCUUGGUCCUGUCGUUGAAGUGCAAAAGGAUGGCCGGAAGCAAUGGGAACGUGUGAAGCCGGAGGAGUGGGAUGAUGACAAGGUGGCCUCCUACCAUUGGUACACAGUGGCCGGCCAACAUACAGCGGAGGCAGCAAAGAGGCUGGUCGCUGCGAAAUCGUCUGCUGCAUGCAUUCUUGGAAGGCGUGGGUUGUGUAUUUUGACGAUGACCAUUUGGAGGGUGCCAGGGCAGGACGGCGUGAGACCAGUCGAUCAGGAAGGGAAAGCAGGCGAGGCAGCAGGACCGGGCCCUGCAGCGAAGACGAUGAAAGGCAAAAAAGUGUUGGUGCACUACGUCCAGUCCAACAAAAGUUCGUCGGGUUUCUAUGUUUGCAUCAAUGAUCCCCCCGCGAGCGCAUGGAAGGUGUUUCGCGAUUUCACAUCAAGGGAGAAGGAAAUGGCCCUCGAGAAAAUACUUGCGGGACACGUUGUUGUCACGAGCGGAAGGGCAUUUGUGAAAAAAGUGAUGAACAUGCAAGACCUGUACGUGGAGGUGAGAAGGGAGAGAUAUAUGGUUCGCAUGUUUAACUACAUCCUCUUCAAGAUAAAGCAGAGGUCGGAGGAGGAGUGGAAUGACAAGUUCUUCAUUGGCUACGAUACCAUAAUGAGGCGGUUUGCAUCGCGAGGGUUGACGACGGAGAAAUGGGAAGAAACCAAGUCCAAGAUCGUAGCAGAGAUGACUGUCAAUGUCCCAAAACGAUUGGGCGGUGUGGAUGAGGCGAAACUUGGAAAAGGGAAUAUCGGGGGUCACAAGGUGACGACUGCAAUAUAUAUGGAGUGUCCGUACUUUCUUAAGUUUUUCGUGCAUAAGAUUUUUGGCGCAGUUGAGCAAUUGAGGGACGAACUGAGACGGAUCAGCUCAAAUGCUCAACACAUAAUGUGGGACAAGCGCAAAGAUCACACGACAUAUCUUCCUGUCUGCAUCACACCUAUGGAUGCACUGCACCCGGUAGAAGAUUUGACUCCUGCCGUGAGAAAGCUGAGUUGUCACCUUGCAGUAUUGGACUUGGCUCCCGCAUUGAAAGUCGAGGAAACGGUGUUGAGGAAUGUCUUCAGGUGGGACGGUGUAAGAGUUCUUCCAGGGCGUUGGCGUCGUUAUAGCGAAGCAGCAUCAUCCUGCGCCCAAGUUGGGAACCUUCCGUUGAGAGGGCGCGACUCCAUGACCAUUGUGCUGCACGAUACAGACAACAACUUGAAAAAGGUCAUGGUCGCAAAGCCUCAUGGCAACACUCUCUUCGACACGCAUUACGUGGAGGAGUUAUUUGUACGAUGUACAAAAGAGGCAAUCAGCGUGCGAGGCGAUAGCAAACCUGUGUACGGGAUAUGGGAGAGGGAACCUGCAAAGAUGAAAGACUUGUGCACCUGGUUUUCGAAGGAAGGAGAAGGUGUUCUGUUACUGGGCAACGUUCAGACAGGAACAACGUGGGACUUGUUGCGCUCAGGACGCCAUGUCGUCGCAUGUGACAGUUCCUCAAACCUGAUGGAGUACUCCACUUUGUUUAUCGAUCGCCACGUUCACAAUCCGGAUAACAGGUGUCACUUUGAACGGCCGAAACCUCAACAUCGUGCAGAUCGAGACAUGUUCCUGAAGCUCGGCAAGAAGAGGGAUUCUCUGUGGAGCUAUCUUUUCUGUAAUGCACCCGCAACACCAACAGAUGCAGAUUAUCUGCACCGUAAGGUGAUAGCGAUCCAGCAUCUACAAGGAUAUCACAACGCCAAACGCAGUGCAAAUGAGAUAUUUUUGGGCCGAUGUGAACACCUGUGGUUUGAAAGGAAGCGAGUCAAAAUUGAUGCCAAGGUUUACUGCGAGGUGAUGGACGUUGGGGAGCAGUUUGACAUUAUGGACAGUGAGGAGGAAACAGAGGAUGAGGAGAUUGAUCUGCCAUUGCCGGAUGCACAUCAAAAUGCAGUGAGAGACGAAACGCCUCCGCUGUCCGCUAUGGGUGGUGAACAAGCGAUGGAGGAAGAUGUCGGCGGCACUAUCGCGAGUACCAAGCCCGAUAAUGUGAUGCGUGGAACAACGCCGAAAACAGGUGGUGCAAUGGAAGGCAGCACAUCCAAGUGCGGCAUGAAGGAAGCUACCCCAAGAUUCGUUUCGCUGGUGAGGAGAGUUCGCAAUGACAUAGAAGGAGCGGCGGACGACGAGACUCAAAAUGUUGCACGUGUAGACAAGGAAUCAGUGGACGACCAAGAUGGGAUGGACAUUGAGGAUGAUACCCUCUUUCACAUCUCGGACGACAUGGCACAUGGCUAUCCGAAUGGGUGGGAAAAAAGGGUAUUCAGGGAAAGAGUCAUCAAGAGCAGGUUUUAUGAAAUCGCAAAGGACAACUUGUCUACCCGCGUGAAGCAGGCGAACAGAGAGGCGCCAGACCACAAAAUAUCAGACAAAGUGAACUCGUUAUUCGAAUUCCUGCGUGAUAAUCAUCUUCUCGAGUAUUGCGCUGCGUUCUACGACAAGAAAUCGAGUCCAUCGUAUGGAGCUGUCAUAUGGUCUAUGGACUACCGUGCAACGGACUGUAUGUACGACAGCGAUAUACUUGUGGGAUGCAGUCAAGGCCUUGAGGGACACACAAGUGCAAGGAAGAAGAUCGAUUCAGCAGCAGCAGGAGGUGGUGGCGAGAGUGUGGCAGACAAGGAAGGGCAUCUUAGGAUGCAAAACGCAAUGGGAGAUGAGUUCAGUGAGCGGUCAUCGAGCACACCACAACCAACACUUAGACCGUCAGAAGGCAUAAGUGUAGCGAGAGCCAGAAGUGAGACAACACCAACAACAGGCGGGGAAGUUGUUGGCGAUGAUGGGAAGGUCGAAAAGAUUGAAGAGGACCAGCGACAAAAAGCAUCAGACGAAGAAGGGUCAAAAUUUCAGGCACAUGAGGUAGUGAAGGCGGUGGCAGGGAAUGUCGAUUCGCAUUCCAAGCAGUCGCAAGGAACACACGAUACGACUGUCAUCACUACACAGACGCAAGGCACCGACGAAGACACAAGGGAGCAAAGUGCACAUGAGAAAGAUGGGGGUGAAGGACCAGUGCUUAUGGAAUGCACUGGUUCAAAAAUGCAAAUAGUUUCGGAAUCAACCAUGGGAGAAAGGAGAGCUAACGUGGAGGGUGUCAGUGGGGCAGAGCAUGAAAAGGUUCCAAGCACGGCAAACAGGGAGAGGGAGGAGGAAAAUGAGAACGAAGAGGAGACGAACAAGAGUCAGAGUGUGAUCAACUUGGUGGACCCGUCAGGUGAGAACGAAGAAACAUCUGACAAGGAAGAAGCGAAAGAGUCGAGAGAGGAGUCUCAAGAAAGAGAGCGUGAUUUGAGCGAAGAGAGUGAGGGAAUAUGCGGUAGAAAAAAAAAAAGCAGGCAGGAAAAAGAGGAAUGCAGAAUGCGACGUUCAAAAAGAUUCAGGGAGAAGAAAGCACAGUACGACGUAUAGUGCAUGUGUGUACGUGGAUGUCAGCCUGCAUUCACAC